GAGAUUGGUCUCGCGCAUAUUCGCAAUUCACCAUGUCAGUCUCGCUCUAAAAUCAAUUUCAGAGCCAGACCCAAUUUUUCUCACCACACUCUGCGCAUCCCCGCCCUCCUUCUUCCUGUCUGUCUCCACAAUCCAGAUGCCCCCACUCUUUCCUCACCUCUAUUACUCCCACUUCCCUUCCCAAUUCCCCCUUUUGCUCCUCCUUUUCCCUACUCCGCCUCCUUCGGCGCCCGCCACCGUUGCUUCAUUGGUUUCUUCCCCUCCACUGCUGCCUCUGUCGUCGACGAAUCUAUGUAUAGCAAGAUUGCCAUUUUCUGCAUUUUAUGUUCUGGCCUGAUCCUGGGUGCUGGCUAAAAAGAGAUGUUCAUCCUUGAGCUUUUAGGGUUUCAGGGCCUACUGUAUGUCUUCUUGUUGGUCACUUUUUUGGUGAUUCGUCACAUGUGGAGGAAUGCUGAGGUUAGAAAAGAGGAGAUCAUAAGGCUCGUCGAUAUGGCGUCUCAAGAGGCCGCUAUCGCAGAAAUGGAGGCGUCAGUGGAGUCCAGUUUUGUUCCAGCUUCCCGCGAGUAUCAAUGUGCCGUCUGUUAUUCCCCAACUACCAUGCGCUGCUCCAAGUGCAAGGCUGUUCGCUACUGUUCUGGCAAGUGUCAAAUUAUUCACUGGAGACAAGGCCACAAGGAUGAAUGUUCCCCUCCAAUUUUCCCUGUGCAACUCAGAGAGGAAAGUAAUGCUAACAGGGUUGCAGUAUCAGUUAGACCUUCUGCUGACUCUGAAGGAACACAUGCUGGUACUGCUUCUUCCAAUAAUUCAUAUUCCAGCUUUAGUCCAUCUGUUGCUGAAAGCAAAUCAUCUGACAUUGAUUAUCGUAGCAAAUUGGCAAAACCUGUAUGUCAUAGUACAGCUGAGGCAUCUUCUCAUGCCAUUGAGACAGUGCCGACCACCUCUUUUCCCAUAGACGCUAGAAGUUCAGUGAAUAUUGAAAAUAAACACUCUAGUGCAAGCAAAAAAAGUAAGACGGUUUCUAGUCAUAUUGCUGAUGAUACUGCUCCUAGAUCAAAACUGCCAAAAACCAAGACCGACAAAUCUCAUGAUGCAGCAGCAAAUUUGGUUGGCCAUGUACACAAACGAAAAGUUUCCACAGUUGAGAAAUCAGAAACAGAUACGUCUAAGAGCAGGCCCUUGCCUUCCAUGAAUUAUUCAAGUUCAGAGGCUGUAGCUGCUAAUGCAAAAGAAGAACCACAUAUAUCCAAGCAUAAAGAAGCAAGAAAAUCACCAUACAGUGUCCAUGUGCUAUCCUCAGCUACUAAAGGGGAUUUGCUUCUGCAUGCCAAAUCUCUAAGAUCUGAAAAUUAUCGUGCCUUGCCAGCAAAAGGGGGAGGUAUGCAAAGUCUGCAGCAAAAUGUUCGUAAUGGCUUGAAAACAUCUGUGCAAAAAGUGGUCCAGCAGUUCAGAAGCUCCACAGAUUCAGUGUCUAGCCUUAUAUCUGCUGAAAAUGAGAUGGGCUUUCCUUAUGAACUCUUUACGGAACUCUACUGUCAUGACAAGGUGGAGCUAUACCCCUUUGGCCUUACAAACUGUGGGAACAGCUGUUAUGCUAAUGCUGUACUCCAGUGCUUGGCAUAUACUCGGCCAUUGACUUCCUAUUUCUUUCAUGGGCUACAUUCCAAACAAUGUCAGAAGAAUGGAUGGUGUUUUAUGUGUGAAUUUGAAUACUUAAUUCAGAAGGGCAAAGAAGGGACUAACCCACUUUCUCCCAUUGGGAUAUUAUCUAAAAUACACAAGAUUGGGAGCCACCUUGGACAUGGAAAGGAGGAAGAUGCCCAUGAAUUUUUGAGGUGUGCGGUUGAGAGCAUGCAAUCCAUUUGCCUCAAGGAAGCUGGGGUCUCAACUCCAUUGGCAGAAGAAACAACCCUAGUUGGGUACACUUUUGGGGGCUAUCUUCGAUCUAAGAUAAAGUGCUUAAGGUGCCUUGGAAAAUCUGAGAGGUAUGAGAGAAUGAUGGAUCUUACUGUUGAGAUUGAUGGGAACAUUGGAACGUUGGAGGAUGCUCUUGGUCAAUUUACAACACCGGAAAUCCUGGAGAAAGAUAACAAGUAUUAUUGCGGCAGAUGUAAAUCAUACGAGAAAGCCAGGAAGAAGUUGACAGUAUUGGAGGCACCAAAUAUUCUUACAAUUGUGUUAAAAAGAUUCCAGUCUGGUAAUUUUGAGAAGUUGAAUAAGUUGGUGCGGUUCCCUGAGGUUCUGAAUUUGGCUCCGUAUAUGAGUGGAACAAAAGAUAAAUCUCCAUUAUACAACCUUUAUGCAGUGGUCGUCCAUUUGGAUAUCAUGAAUGCUGCAUAUUCAGGCCACUAUGUCUGCUAUGUGAAGAACUUUCAGGAAGAAUGGUCUAGGAUUGAUGACAGCAUGGUGACACCCGUUGAAUUGUCCACUGUUUUGUCACAAAGGGCGUACAUGCUUCUUUAUGCAAGGCACUCUCCAAAGCCCCCAAUAUCAAUAACUAGCAAUGCAAUCUCUGGAAAGUACAAGAGAAGGAACUUGGAGGCAAUUCCUGCUUCUAAAACCAGAUCAAACUCGUUGGCUGGAAAUGCAUUUCCUCCCACCUCACAGCCUAAGCAAGGCAGGCACCCUCAUCAGAAUGCUGGUGAAGGUCCCUUGAGCAGCGAGUUUGUAUAUCCGGAAGAAUGGAGAUUCCACUAUGGGAAUAGAAACGCAACGGUUGAUUCAUGUAGCGAGAGCUCUUCCCUGUUCAGCUCUUCAGACGCAAGUUCUUGCAGUACUGCUAGCACCAAGGACUCAGGCAAUACUGCUGACUUCUCUGAGUACAUAUUUGGUGAGAUGGCGCCCAAUUGGGAGACUCACCAUGGGCUCUCGUCAAAUUUGGUCACGUAUUGUGAAAAUUUGGGCACAGAUUAUUUAGUGGGUAGUAAUGAUCCUUCUAGGAGGCUGAGGCAGGACAGAGAGUUAGAAGAUAAUGCUGUUUUUUAUGCUAACAGAAAUAGAAGUCAUAGUGGCAGCAGGGGAAGUGACCUUAAAAGGUACGUCUCUGCUAACCAAUGUGACAGUUCUGGUGUACAUGUGAGAAGAACUAGUCGGGAUAUACGUCAGCUCAAACGUUUUUAUUGAGUUUGAGUUGAGAUAUCGGUAACCAUUUGAGUCCAUGGGUACAGUGAAAAUCAAUUUUUUUCAGUCAACCAAUCUCUUCAUGAAUAACAUUUUUCAAUUCUUUUU